CGCUCCGUUUUGCCGUGUAAGACGGACAAACAAACAGACACUUUAGUUUGGAUAAACAAAAUAUGGGUUCAUUUUUCAAUUUAUUUAACCCUGAAAGAACAUUAUAAAAAAUAGAUACAACCGUCUAUACAAAAACAAACUCCCAUGCAAUAUUUGACACAGUAUCUGAAGAACGUUGUGUUGAUUAAGUUAUCUAACAAACAAUUUAUGAAUAAGCAUUAUUUUGAAAUCUUAUACUACGUAAAAUACGAUAUUAAAUUAACAACUGUUGAUAUUUUGACGUGUAAGAUCAAACCAAGAUGCCACCAAACUCCGAGAGAGUAGUUGUAGAAAAUGUACAAGAUCAGCGCCAAGUCAGUUUUCCGCACUUGGCGUAUCCCGUGAUGCGGAAUGCGGAGCCGCGGACCCCCCAGCACUGGAUUCAGGGCAAACGCAUGCAGGAUGGCGCCGAGGGACUCUGGAGAAUUCAUGACGCGAUUUAUGACCUGACGAGCUUCGCAAUGGUACACCCUGGGGGAGCUGAGUGGAUCAAUCUUACUAAGGGAACGGAUAUAACAGAAGCCUUUGAAACGCACCACCUACACGGCGUUGCCGAAGGAGAACUGCCAAAAUACUUCGUGAAAAAGAUCAGCACUCCUAGGAACUCUCCAUUCACUUUCCAAGAAGAUGGCUUCUACAAAACCCUAAAGCCGAAAGUCGCUGAAAAGUUAAAGGAGAUACCAUUGAGCGAAAGAAAACGGAGCAAUAUGAUGACAGAUCUUGUGUUUUUGGCAUUUAUAUUUGCCAGUUCCCUGUCUUGUUGGAUGAUGAACCAGAGCAUUUGGAUUGGACUGGCCAUCAUACCGGUCAGCGGAUUUCUUCUGUCAUCCCUUGCGGUUUCUGCUCACAACUACUUUCACCGACGGGAUAAUUGGAGAAUGUAUUUGUUUGAUCUUUUAGGAUCUUCUUACAGAGAUUGGCGCAUUAUGCACGCACUAUCGCAUCAUCUUCAUACAAAUACCGCUCAAGACCUAGAACUUAGUGCAUUUGAACCUUUCUUAAUGUUCCUGCCUUAUAUGUCAAAAUCUAUGUUCGAAAAACUGGCUUCUGUAUAUUGGCCCGUUAUAUAUUCCUUCGCAUGCACGGUUCAACUAGGAAAAGAAGUUGUAUUCUCUACAAUAAACCAUGGAGGGAAGCGUUUAAACUGGACCAACGUUAUUCCUUUCCUCGUGCCGACAUGGAUGUGGUACUUCGGAGGUCUCCCUCUUUACUGGACAAUCCCAGUGUGGCUCGGGAUAAUGCUCACUGCCAGCUUCUUCUUCGUUAUGUAUGGAAUAACCGCGGGACAUCAUGCAGAAGACAACUUCUUCGAGGGCGAUAAGGCCAGGGCUGAGUAUAUUGACUGGGGACUCCAUCAACUUGACACAGUGGUUGAAAGGACCGACUACGUCGGCAACCACUUCAAGUCUCUCACUCGUUUCGGAGACCAUUUCCUUCACCACCUAUUCCCAACCUUGGACCACGGCGAGCUGCGACACCUCUACCCGGUAGUUCUUGAACACUGUAAAAAGUUCCAAGUAGAAUUGAGGACGACUACGUUCUACCAAGCGUUCUUAACUCAAUACAAGCAGAUUUUGAGAACCAAACCGCAUGACUUUAAAGCGAAAUAGAUUACUUAUUAAUACUAUAUUUGACGACCGGUCUGCCUAAUGGAUAGUGACCCUGCAUGCUAAGCCAAUGGUCCUGGGUUCGACUCCCAGUAAAGCCAUUUAUUUGUGUGAGGAGCUCAGAUAUUUGUUGCUUAGUCAUGAUGUUUUCUAUGGAAGUAUUUAAGUACAUUUUUUUUGUCUUACACAAGCCUUCUUGAGCUUACAGGGGGCUCAGUCUCAUCUGGUGGUGUAAGAAAUAUCAUGUAAUAGGUUUUUAUUGUCUUUCUUCGGGUUAGGAUUUUUACAAUGUAAAUGUAUAUUAAAAUGAGAUAUGAAAACAUAUAAACGCAUUAUAAAAAACCUAACCUAGGGUGCUGCCAGCAGCAUAUUUCAGUAUUUAUAUUAUACACCAGAUAGCCAGUAAAGUUACAUUAAGAUAUGUUCAUGAAGAUGCAAGAUGCGGUAUGCAUAUCAUACGUAAUAUUUAUUUAGUCGGGAUUGUGGGAAGGGUAUCAGCAUCAGGUAUAAUGUAGCUUGAUUAUUUUACAAUUUUAUACAGGUUUGGUUCGUUUUAAUAUGCUUUGAUUCAAUUGAUUUUACUUAGGUAAUACUAUUUACUAAUUGGUAUUUUUGUACAGAUGCGUUCAGUUACAUUAUCUUACAU